CGCUAGACACUUUCUUACUCUGUUUCUCAGAGUUUCUCAGUGUUCACUCUUACCUCUCUUGUCUUGUUCUUACCUCUCUUGGGCCCCUCUCUUGUCUUGUUCUUACCUUUCUUGUCUUGUCACCUCUUGGCUUGUCUCUUCUUCGUGACUUGGCUGGUCAAUACAAUAUGUUCGGCGAUCACACGUCAGAAUGGGGUAUCAAUCUCUGGAACCCCAUUCAGAGCUUGUCACUCCUUGCCACAACUCCGGUGGGGUCUACCUACAUUCUGACACGUCUAGAUCAAGACCCACCUUCCAUAACUGCUGCAAUAGUGGCCAAAAUCAAGGUAGAACUGUACUCUCUCAUCAAUAACCCAUGUGGAAGACGUGUGGUGUUCUCCCUGUUUCAGAAACAACAUCUUCAACGCUUGGGCUACAGCUACGGUGUGCUGGAUCACCUGAUCAGUGUUGAUUUCCGUGGCCAACUCUUGGCUUCUUGCAUCAAUGAUGAAGGAGUCUCUACGUUGAACGAGUUAAUGGGGAGUUUGAAUGAAAGGGAAAGAUACAUGUUUACCAUUGGCAUUAGGAACAUCACUCCAACCUUGAUGGAGCACAAUAAUAUUCAUGUUAUUCUCCAUCUGAUCCGUGCAUAUCCUGUUCACUUGAUUGCGAUCAUUUUUAAUGCCAUUGGUGAAGAAAGCUUAAGAAUAUCAAGAGCUUGGGAUGGCGUGAGGAAUAUUAUGUCUUGUCUUAGAGCUGCUCCAAGAGAAGCUCAGCUAAACCUCCUUCAAAACAUAAUAUCAAGGGCAGUUGAACUUGCUGAAGGUGGCAAUUGCGGUCGUGUGCUUCUUCAUCAUCUAAUAGAAUUUGAUCCUCUUUUGGUGGGUCAUAUGCUGAUAAUACCAUUUGCUGGUCAUGUUGUUCGACUCUCUAAGACAACAUUUGGAUCAUUUGUGGUAAGAGAUCUCAUAGAACGCUGUGCACCUUGGGAUGCAGCAAUUGUCAUUGAGGAGAUUCUCAGCCACCCUCACUCUGACAUUGUGCAUUUGGCCAAGGAUAAAAUUGGAAACAAUGUCAUUUGUUUUGCUGUUCACCAUUCAGAGGGGCAACAACAUGCCAGAUUGUGUGGGCUAUUAAUGUCCAACGCAGCAACUCUCCGUCAAAACAUGCAUGGACGGCGAGUACUAGCUCAAAUUUGAGAUUGCCUGCUUAAUUCAUUUUUUUGAGUGACACUCCAAUUUUUUCUCACAUAUAUGUGAAAUUGUGAAUUGCAUAUAUGUAGUUGUACAAAUGCCGACAUAAUGGGCUAUUUUGCACUCUUAAUUCGUAUAUUUUGAUUGUGGUAUAUAGUUCAAUAUAUGUAGUUGUACAAAUGCCUACAUAAUGAGCUAUUUUGCACUCUUAAUUCGUAUAUUUUGAUUGUGGUAUAUAGUUCAAUAUAUGUAGUUGUACAAAUGCCUACAUAAUGGGCUAUUUUGCACUCUUAAUUCGUAUAUUUUGAUUGUGGUAUAUAGUUCAAUUCUGUGUCCAUGUCUGUUUUUGUCAUUAUGCUUUUCCUCCACCGUCUUUUGAGCUUGUUGGGUUUCUUUUUUGUGAAUGGGAAAGAAUGUUGGGGGUUUAAUGUUACCCGGGUUUUGGAUAAAAACGAAAUUUUACUUGAUGAUACAAGCAACAAGAAAUAUACAUGAUG